AUGGCAGAAGGACCGUCACGCAGCCGACUAGGAAGAGACUCGGCUCCCAAGCCUGAGCAACAGUAUCAAUUCAUUGCCGUAAGUGGACCAGAGACAAGGCCCAGCGCCGAGACACGCAGGCUUGUGCACAGCCACGCGCAGGCCAACUACCGGCGUCGCCAUCCUCAUCGACAGCGACAGACAACCUGGGAGCUCGAUGUGAGUCCUUUGUUAGUAGACAGUUCGUCGCAAGGCGUCUCGAAUACCACCAGUCAGGCCGUGGUUGGCCCUGUAACCGUGCUUCCAGCAAAUCGUUCGGAUCCAUUUCGAUCGUUUGGCAUCGAUGCUGGUUCUCGGGCGCAUCGCCUCUGGGACCAUGUGUACGACGGAACAUGUCCCAAAUUCCGAACCCUGAUCGACAUUGGAUUCAUCGAUCUCGUUCGAGAAACCAUUGCGGUGUCCCAGAUGUUGUCCGCGUCUGCGUGGCACCUGGUCCACUGGUGCCGAUCCGAAGACGACUCCGGGGAAGAUGCAAGAUAUGCAUUGAUCACCACGCGGUCCCUGCAGCAGAGACUGAACAACCUUGCCACUGGUACGAGUGAUGAAGUGAUAACCACUGUUUUAGCUGCUGCUGCGUAUGCGAACUUGAUCAAGGAAACACAAAUCUUCCAAGUGCAUAUGGAUGGGCUUGCAAAGAUCCUGCUUCAUCGAGGUGGAGAACAAACCUUGGAUUCUACUGCCGCUCUCCGACUGUCGAUGUUCUGGAUAGAAGUCAACGGCCGCCUUCGCCAGGAUGCUGCUCCACAAUACCGCCCUCCAUAUCAUAUCCUGGCUACUCGAAGUAGACUGACCUUUGACCUGCCCGAUAUCGGCCAACUCUCACACCAGGAGGUUUUCGACAACAUCGGGGGAAGCGCAGCGGUGCAGCACGUCUGUCGACAGUUAAGGCAUCUGAGCAGAAUUAUGGACGAUGAGUGCAAGAGGCGAGAUCUGUGGCAAGACAGCCCGUUUGCGGUCUUCCACGUCUCUCCACUGUUGCACGACUGCCUCUCGAUUGCUCACGGAACGCGGCGAGAUGAGAUCCAACUGCGCCAACGCGAGUGCUUUCGGUUGGCCAGCAUUUUGUACCUGUGUGAAAUUCGGGCCAAGUUUGACUUUGAACCUGGCGCCGGGAUGCUUUAUGGGACCAAGUUGCAGCUGAUGGCAGGCACAGAGGGCUUACUUCCCCGAUGGGAGAGCUCCAACGUGGUUCUCCUCUGGAUACUUACCGUGGCAGCUUGCUCUGCUACGCUGUUCGAUGAUUUGCGCCUCCAGUUCAUUUCUUUACUUUCGGAGGGCAUCCGGGCGGCUGGUAUAGCCAGCUUUGACGAGUUCUCGGGCAUCAUCCAUGGAUUCAUGUGGAGCAGCAGUGCUUUGGGACCGGCGUUGUGUGCGCUGGAGAGGCAGAUCAUAUUCUGA